AUUCGAAACCCUUCCCAUCAAACGAACAGACUCUUGCAGGGUGCAGCCCACAUUCGUCUAGUCAUCUAUUGCUCUGCAUUCUCAGACUAAACUAGUCGCCUCGCCUGCGUAUAUCGAUUACUUAGUGGGAAGGACGGGAAGCGAAAAUCUGAAAAACUGUUCCGAGUCACAAUAAAAUCAGUGUUAGUGCUCUGUGACAUCCACUGCGAUCACUAAGCCUCGGUCUUUACAGUUUUGGCUCGAGUGAAGCAGAAUGCAUCCACCGUGGCCCAAAGGGAAGAAGCUGGUGCACCUGGAUUUGAAAGGUGCCCCACCCAGAGUGGAAUAUCUUCAUAAGCUGAUUGAACUGCUCUCUCGCCUGGGGCUGGAUGGCCUCCUGGUGGAGUAUGAAGACAUGUUUCCAUAUGAGGGGGAGCUAAAGCUGCUACAGGCCACAGCACAGCCUGCAUACAGCCAAGAGGAAGUAUUAUCUAUGCAAGAAUUUGCUAAAUGUAGGGGCAUGGAGGUCAUCCCACUGGUGCAGACGUUUGGUCACAUGGAGUUUGUGUUGAAGCACCGGUCCAUGUGGAGCCUCAGAGAGUUGGCCCACUGUGUGGGUACCCUAAAUCCACACAGAGAGGAGGGAGUGAAGCUGGUGUUAGAGAUGCUGAGGCAGGUCAUAGAACUACAUCCGGGUUUAAACACUCUGCAUAUUGGAGCAGAUGAGGUAUACAUGCUUGGAGAGGGAGAAGAGUCAAAAGUAUGGUUGGCCUCACCAGGUCAGACAGUAGAGCAACUCUUUCUGAGUCACGUGACCAAGAUUGCCAAGGCCAUCAAACAGCAAUGGCCUCACUUGAACAUCAUAAUGUGGGAUGAUAUGAUGCGAGGCAUGAGCCCAGAAACACUGAAAGCUAGCGGUCUAAUAGGACUUGUCCAGCCCAUGUUGUGGGACUACACUCCUAAUCUGGAUGUGGAUAAAACUGUUUCUUUGCUGGAGAAGUACCACAGUGCUGGUAUGACAGACCUGUGGGCAGCCAGCUCCUUUAAAGGCUCCACCAAUGUUUACACCUGUGUGCCCAGCACACAGCGACAUGUGGACAACCACUUGCAGUGGCUCAUGGUGGCCGCCUCUUUAUCUGCUGGUGUUAACCUCAAGGGCAUCGCCAUCACAGGCUGGCAAAGGUAUGACCAUCUGUCAGUGCUGUGUGAGCUGAUGCCUGUGGGUCUUCCAUCACUCGCAGCCUGUGUCCAGACACUCCUUCAUGGUCAGUUCAGUGCUGAGGCUCAAAGCAAAGUCAUGGAGUUGCUGGGUGUCUCCUCAGUGGAGGUGGACAUGAUGGAGAGGACCUCCGAAGCAGACUCGCUGUUCCCUGGAAAAAGGCUGGCACAGCUAAUUGUGGAGCUCAAUUCACUGCUGAACUCGGAGGACAUACGUUUUCUUGAAAGCAACAUGUUUGUAAGAGGAUGGUUCAGCCCCUACCAGCGACAGAGAAAGAUGGCAACUCCACUUAUCACCAUGCAAAUUCAGACCCAAGCAGCAACUUAUUUGGCUGCGAUGCAACAGAAGGUGGCAGCAGUAAGAGAGGAGAUGGUCCGUCUUUACCCAGACUCAACAGCCGAAGAGUGGAUGGAGGAGCAUGUUAGUCCUGUAAUGGCUCCUCUGCAAAGCAUAACCGACGACAUUGCAGCUUGUCUAAAGGAGAUCAUUCCAUAGUUCAGUGUCAACCUUUGCUCUUUUGUUGUAACAAUCAAUCACAUUAAAAUAAGCGGUUCUGCAAAGAUAUUACAGAAUAACAAAAGAAGAGACGGUGAUUAUGUAACAGUUUAUAUAAAUGUAUUAAAGUAAACAAAAAUUUAAUUUACAGCUAACCAAAAACCUUCAAGCAGCACAUUUUGACAUUCAUUCAACAAUGUGCCGUACUGGCACAUCCGUGAUUUAAGCCUGAGUUUGUUCUUUGGCUCCCAAAAUGUAUGAGGUGUUUUAUAACUUAAUUAACUUUUGAUGGACUAGAAAGACAGUUGAAGGAUUUCAUUUAUGCUUCGUUACAGUUUCCACAAUAAUUUUUCCAGCCUGUGGACUGGAAUGGGUUAACUUGCAUUAUCAUCAGGGUGGUCCAGAAAUUGUGGGAAACCACUUUCCUUUCACUGACUUACACACAAGCACUCAUUAGAGUUCAGUAGUUAAUUACAGUGAUUCAGUGAGCUGAAGAUUGUUGUGAAAUAAUAAUUAAAUGCUCACACUGUGUCAUUUCAGUGAAACAUUGAAUAAAAAUUGAGUCGCAGUG